AUGUCGAAUAAGCAACAGCCGGCUUUCCCGACCCAACAGCAGUCUAGUGUUAACGCUGGUCCUUUCCUUCAAAAUUGUGUGAAACCUGUUAAUGUUCCUCUUCAGAUUAAACGGACUGUGAUAACAGACGAUUACACUCUGACGAGGCAGGUGCUCGGGAUGGGGAUAAAUGGCAGAGUUUUGGAAAUAUUCAACAAAGAGAGUGGGGAAAAGUAUGCACUUAAGGUAAAUAUAUUAUCUUUAAAAUUGAUUUGUCAUACAGAUACUAACAUUGGUGAUUUCUGUGUACUAUAACCUUAUUUUUCACAACGUUGACAUAAUGGCACGGUAAAAAGUUUGUGUGUUUUGUUGUGUGUCAUGACAAAGUAGACUAAUACGUUUUAAUGUGUCAGAAUAUGGGAACUGCACUUCUAAAACGCUGAAUUUGUUGGUUAAGAUACAACAACAUGAAUUCUAAACUACCAUUGAAAGUAGCCUACCCUUGGUCAUGGUAUGAUAUUUGAUAUGUUUAUGAAGGGAGAUGUUUAUGAUCAGAGACUGUUUGUGAUUUUGUCCCAACUUGCCUUGAUUUUGACCCAAUUAAAAAAAUCACCAAGAUCACAUACUGAAUGUCUGUGCUGGAUUUUUGAGCAUGGUUAUUUUUGUGUUAUCUGCAUGGAUUUUAAAGGCCUACCAGUAAUAUCUUUUCUUCUUCUUCUCCUUUCUAUCAUCUUAUUAUUUCUCCUAUAAAUGGCUUACAUCCAGUUCCACAGCUUUGAUAGUCUUCCUGUAUGUCUUUGAGUGAUAAUAAAGAAAAAUCUGGAUUUAAGGAAUAAAUUAUGUCUGGGCUCAGUAUAUCCUGCAUUUAAGAUGGCAUGUGCAUUUAGACUAUGGGGCCUUCUUUGGUCCAUUUACUUGUUAUCUACAUUUCCUUGCUCUGGGAGUGAUUUUUCUUGUUCUCUCUCAGUCAACAGGAUCAAAGCUUGGGUGUUGAUGAAAAACAACCUUCAUGCAGAGAUUGUCUGUCUUGUGUUACAUUCUUAAAAUGAGAGGAGAGAGCAGAAGAGGCUAAGCCCAAGAUGUUUCAGGCUUAGCUCUUGAUGUUGAAAGUUAACAGAUGCUUUUCUCAUAUCUUUGAUAUUUUUGAAGAUCUGCGUCUCACAGUCACCCCCUCUCUACCCCUUUUUUUUCUUUUUUUAACAAGGCUCAGUUUCAGCCUGUAUAGUGAGAUAAAUAACUACAUUACCUUUGUGCAUUCCUCUGGUACUAGUUUGUUACUCGAAGCCUAGCGUGAACUUGAGAAUAUACCUGCAUUUGAAGAGUUCAAAAGGUGAACUCACAGUGGGCAUCAAAUGUGAGUUUGAGAUUUUUCUCUCUUUGAGUCCUGUAAUUUUGCAGCAUUUUUGCGAUGAUACACAACGGGUGACUUUGUCAGGGUCUAAUUUCUGUUCCUGUCUGUAAAUUAUAUAUUUCCCCUGUAGCUUUGGUCUCUGGUGGACCCUGUUGACUUGAAACAGAGAGGGUAACAUGCCUGUGUCUAAAAGUAGCUUCAUGAAGAGGCCUGAAAUGACUGAGAGAUUACAGCAAGGGGUUGAGUACAGCGGGGCAAGGUGUCAUUCAGAUGGUGCUUCUGCUUUUGUAUGUCAGGGAAGGUGUUUUAAGAAUGGUAAAUACUACUUUCCAUUGACUGCCUGAAAUUGAACUGCAGUCAGGACAAGCAGAACAAAACAUGAACACAUCCAGUUUCUAUUCUGACCCUUUGAACACCAGUAAAUCCUUCAUUCCUCACAGUCAAGCUUAAAUAAGUCCCAAUGUCUUAUUUUCAGAUAUUUUUGAGGUCUGUCACAUUCCCUCAGGAAAUGAGAGAACAUUUCAUUAAGAUGUAUAGUGUGUGAGUCGAGGGAAUAGACAAUUGCAGCAUUCCUCUGUAAAUCAUGGUCCUCACAAAGAGUCCAAAGAAAGUAAAAGUACCAUCUUUGAAGGUGCUGCAAAUACAUAUGGUCAAAAUUUCAUGCAAAUGAAAUUUCACACAAUGAUUAGAUCCUAUGAUGCAGGAUCAUUAAACUGUUGGCACUGUAAACAGUAUUCAGCUUGUUCUAGCUCUGAAACCCAGAUCUGCCCAUAUUCAUUGAAUUAUCUCUGGUGGAACAGUAAGUGUGGGAUUGGAACUGUUUCACCCAUUUCAGCAUUAAAUAACGAACAAAACCAAAAGUGCUCGCUUUAUUGCAUUAGUGUUUAAAAUUUGAAUAUGCCUGUUAAAAAUGAAAAAAUCAGCUCCUUUCCCAUGUAGCACAAGCAAUUAAAUUCUUAGCAUUUGCGUGCCUUCUCUAACUGGCACCAGGUUGUUACAGAGACAAGGAGAUGAGUUGCAGCAAAGGCUGUAUACCCUUGUCAUUUUCUUCAACCCACAGUUCAUAAACCCAAAGUUAACAGUUUAUCCAUCAUUUAUAAAGACAACAUGAAUAAAUUACUUUAUCCAAGAAGCUUGAGAAAGCAAUUGUUGUGGAUUUUGUUUUACCAACGCCGAGGUUAGACGAGUUUCAGACGCAUUUUUGUAGCAUUUGUUAAAAAAUUUUUGCAACAAAUAAAUGAUAACAAUCUGACCUAAAAAGGAGAAAAAAGUACAUAUUUGACUGUUGUGAACCUGUGUUAGCCAUUAUUUCCUGAUGCCACCAUGAAAUGAUUAGGUGGUGUAGUUAUCCCACUAAUCACCUACUAACCAGUGUGCGCUUUGAGACCACAGUUCACACCUCGAGUCCUUGAUGUUUGUGUGUUCAGUGAGGUGGUUUUGCCUGAAAGUCUUUUUAGGGUCGAAUACUUUUAAAUUCAACCCAACAUUUUCCUGGAGUUGCUCUUUAUUUUUUAUUGAACCAAGUACAUGUCUGACUGACGAAGUGUUGCUGCAGUUAAAUGGACUUUCUCUGUUUAUAUUCCGUGAGCUUUAUACUAGCUUUUAAAAUAAACACCAAAGUAAACCACUGCCAAGACAUGGUUUUUAGUCAGGAACUUACACCCUUUUUAUUGUUCAAUUAUGGUGACAGCUGAACUAAAACUAAAACUAACCCAAUAAACAGAUCUGGUUUUGCUGUGUCUUGUUUAAUGACCUUUCCUAAUCCCCUUCUCUUUGUGUCCCAGAUGCUCCAGGAUUGUCCAGAGUCCAGGCGGGAGGUGGAGCUCCACUGGCGGGUGUCACUUUGCCCCCACAUUGUACCCAUCAUAGAUGUUUAUGAGAACCUCUACCAGGGAAAGAAGUGCCUCCUUAUCAUUAUGGAGUGGUGGGUUUUACUGCGUACACCCAGAAACACGUACAGUCAGAGCUCAUCUUGAAUGUGUGGUCUUAAAAAUUGAUUGCAUGUGUUGACUAAAGUUCCUUCCUCCUUUCGAUUCAUCUUAAAAUUGCUCCUGGGAGUUUUGUCUCAUGUUAGCUGCUCUGUGGGUUGGUGGAGCCUGCCUUAUUUUAAUGCAUACCAACUGACGAGAGAAGUUUCCAGAACACUUCAGGGCCAAAAGUAAUAAAAUCAGGCAGUCUGUUUUGUCUAAACAUAAUAAAGCAUAAUGAAGCAAGCAUGUGCUGCUCUUUCUUUGAACAGGUAAGAUCAGCAGAUGGUUAGCAUUUGAUCCUUGAAACCGAAACUCAAGGAGUCUAUGUAGAGUUUGGCUCGCUCAGAUCUUUUUCUUAGGUCUGUAGUCUUAAGGAUAUGUAGCUCAAAUAGCUAAAAGCGAUCACUCAUUAUGAAAUGAGUUUGAAGUAUCACAAGAUUUGUAGAAGGAGCUUGUCGCAAAAGUUAAAAGUUGAUGUUAUGGGGACGUUAUCUUAGGAAGAGUUUUGGAAACUAUCUCAGCAAAACUUAACAUUGGAAGAGGAAGGUUUAUAAUGCAAUGCAGAGACUCUAGAGGAAGCACAAGUACUCCAUGUCUGCACAGCAACAUCACACGUUACCUAAUGGGAGAAAAUGUUUCCCAUCUGGACAUGAUAGGAUUAACAUGAUGCCAAUACUGAAUAAUCCCAACCAUGAACUAUAAAAGUAAACUAUGACGGCCAAGUCGAGAGUGUUCCCAGUGUGUCACGCUCCAAGCUAUUGUAAAUUUGAUAAAAGGCUUUUUUAUCUUGACAGCCUAUCAGCAGUUUUUGGUGUAACAUAUUUUUUUUCUUCUUUUUGGAAUAGAAGGUGGCAAAAAAGAUUAAAGCAAGUUCUUCCAGGUUUCGUAAGAAGAUUGCUUAUGAUGUAUUUUGUCAUGAUGAUGUAUCACUGUACUUCUGUCCAUUUUUCUGUUUUGGUUUCUAGUAUGGAUGGAGGUGAAUUAUUCAGCCAUAUCCAAGACAGAGGGUAUAAUGCAUUUACAGAGAGAGGUAAAGUUACCCUGAUUCAGAAGUAAGUUUAAGUUACAAUCAGUAACAUUUAAGCUCGGGUUGAUUUGGCUCUCUUUUGUUUUAUUCAUUUAUUUAUACUUACAGUCAGUAAACAUACAGUAUAUUGUAAUGAUAAGAAAGUCAGACAAUUCUUGGGCUUUUGCCUAUCACAUUAGAUUUUACGCAUAAGCUAUAAAUGAAAAGUUUCUUAAUCUUAAUGGGGAGAGUGAUCAGAAGACAGUGCAACUGUUUUAAGUGAAGAAAAAUGGCUUAAAGGUGGGGUAGGCAGGAUUCCAUUAAAGAAGCAUCUUUUUUUGUGGUGUAUAUACAAAAAAGCUUAAUAUCAGUCAAUAGCUUUAAGUCAUUGAUGACAUUUGGGAAUAUAAUGAUAUCGCUGUGUUCUGUUAUGUCUGUGUAGUCAACAUCUUAAAUUUUUUGAGCGGCCCACUCUUUCUGACUGUAAACAAAGCCAUUCCCCGCCUCCCCCAACCUGAUUGGUUGUGAGGCAGACGCUGCUCCCCAUGUUGUUCACGAGCCUAAACAAAGUUAGCGUGCUACAGUAUCGGACAGUAGAAACCAACCAGAAAGUACAGAAAAUUGUCAGAAUCCUCCUUUGGCCACGACUGCCAACACAAGCAAGAAAAUUAAGUAAAUACCGGAGACUCUGGCGGAAUAACGGGCGCUUAAAAUGGAGGUAGACCGGACAAGAGCUAGAAAGCCGGGUCAACGUCAAUGAUUACACGAUGGGGGAUGCUUCGGGAUCUUACUGACCCUGUAAGCUUUCUGCUGGACAGGUAAACCGCUUUAACAAAGUCAGCCAAGUGUCUGUAACAGAGGCUGUUUACCUCGGGUCCUGGAGUUUGUCACUUUAUCCUAGUUGUAGAAGUCCUGCAAACAUUGUGUUUGCUGCUAGUCUGUUGUCAUCUACAGUAGCACCAAUGCUUUGUACGUUCACGUUGAUUGGGCCCCAUUUGUAAUUAUCUGAAGUAUUUAUCUACAUUCUACCUGAAUUUAUUUGGAAUGAUGCGAGCGAGGACAAGCGUCUGUUUGUGGGCGGGGCUUGCUAGAGCAGAGAGGGAGGGGAGAGGAGGAGCUGAGGGGAAAACUGGUUGGGAGGGGCAGUUUUUACAUUUAAGAUUUCUUCCAAAAACUGGCGCUUCCUCAGAUCCUGCCGACCCCAUUUCUAAGUAAAAAAAAAAAAAGUAUGUCAGUAUGUAUCAGUGUUAGUAUCAAAUCUUGGAAAAAGGAUUGUAACCAUAUCCAAUUAAAUGCACUGCCAAAUACUGUCUAUCAUCUGCUCUGUUUUAUCGUUUGUGUCCAUCUCGCCUCUCUUUACCUCAUUUUCCAUCAGAGGCCUCUGACAUCAUGAAAAGUAUUGGAGAGGCAGUCGAUUUCUGUCAUUCCAUCAACAUUGCUCACAGAGACAUCAAGGUAAGAUAGAAGGAUAACAAGUGGGUCAAUGUGUAAAAGCUAAUACCUGAGAUAAAGUAGCUAGAUGAGUGGAAAACAAUUUUGAUCACAAAUGACAGUGAGAGAGCAAAGGCUGUGGAUCGAGUUAGACCAGUUGGAAAGCCCUCAAUGGCAACAGUCAGUUCAAUCGCUGAAACAACACUGGAAGUGUUUUUGUUGUUAAAACUUACUUUGUCACUGAGCCACAGUCCUAUUUUUCAUCUGUUCUGACAGCGCUUAUAAAGAACAAAACAAACAAAAAUGCAAAAUGUCGAAAGCUGCAUAAUAGAAGAUUAUCUGUGUCUUUUUUCUCAAAGUGCCACCCAACGGUAUCAAUUAUCAUGAGAAAGUUUGCAGCUGUUUGAGUGGAUAUAAAUCACACUGACGGUCUAACUCUAACAUGCGUAAUCCCAGAUGAGUGAAGUUACCAGAUGAGAUAUUAAAGAUUAUUAGAAUGACAUACUGUACUUGCCCAGAGUUGUGCAAAAAGCCAUGAGGGAAAGAUUAGAGAAGAACAUGCGGCAGAGGUCCCUGCACAGAUUAAACUGCAAUAUGAGAGAUGAGGGCAAAAAAAAACGGCAGCCUCUGUACUUUAAUCUAAUCUUUAUACAUUUCUGAAUCGACUCUAUGCAAGGUUUUUGAUUAGUAUUUUCAAUUUCUAACUACUCACCAGUGGUCUCUCUAUUGUGAACAUUCAUAAUUGUUACUUAGAUUUAGGAAAGGUUUUGUUUCUUCCUGUCAAAACACAAGGGGGAAGACUGAAGCAUUUGAUUCUACUUUACAGGUGAUUGCUUUUCUUGGGUUAUUGACCAGAUAUUUAAACAUCUGAUGACAGACGCUGUGUGUAUCUUUCAGCCAGAGAACCUGCUGUACACGUCCAAAAGACCAGAUGCUCUACUCAAGCUAACUGAUUUCGGGUUUGCUAAAGAAAUCACCACUUUAAACUCACUGGAAACACCAUGUUUCACCCCGUACUAUGUUGGUAAGACCUCACAGCUUGUGAUGCUGUAUAUCUAUGUCUACGCCUAGUUGGAGAUUAACUAAAGAGAUUAUCUGCAAUAUUUUAUCAAUCUGCAGCCAUAAUAGAUUUAACGUUUACUGGUUAACCAGCAGUCUGAUUACAGUAUCACACAUCUGCAUCCUAUAUUUGUGAAAACACUGAAUUUCUAUUUCAAAGCUUUGCUGAUUAUACUGCAAUUUGAUGGUAGAAGUUCAAGGUUACUGUGAUCACUCUUCAGAGAGGAGCCAAUUCAGUGAUUGAUUAGUUAGAUUUGCAAGGUGACCUCAACUCCUGAGCAAAGUAUUUUAUAUUUUGUUUGUUUUCAUUACCUUACCCACCAGAGGAAACAAUAUCACUGCCAAUCUGUUUGUGAAUUAUCUCCAAUUUCAUGCUUGCUCUGCUUUUGUCUACUGACAAUCAUAUUCUGCAGAGAAACACAAAGAAUAGAGAGAAACGUAUUCUCUGGUAGCAGACGUCAGUCCAUCUCCAAGUUAUGUUUUUUGUAGCAAUGUCAGUGGCAGAUGUUAAUCUGUUGUGUUGCAUUUAUUCAAUGGUGCAUCUAAUAUACUGAAUGUAUUAGCUGAUUCGGAAAGGAGGGUUUUAUGUCAACAAGUGAGGGAGAAUUACUGCUUAGAUGAGAAAGAACAGCAACUUGUAUUUAUAAGACGAGUGCAACUGAAUUGUUAGGAGGGAACUACUUGCAACAUCUGAAAAACAUGAAAUCGCAAAGCUAAUUUGAAAAAGCAGCCACAAAGAAUAAUAAUGAAUUGAUUAAAAAGCAACUUUCUACAUUGAUAUUUGAACCAUCUGCACUGGCUCAGAUUUUCACAACAAGUUUAUCUCUAAUCAUCACAGCCAUCUUCUCCAUUCUGGCCAAAGACACGGUGUAAUUCUGUUUGAAAUACUCCUGUUUUUGAACUGCUCUCCGACUGGUUGGCUGAGGCAUAAAAGAAAAAGGCUGCAAAUCAUUUUAAAAUUUAUGUUGUAUGACACAACACCUUUAGCCUUUUGUGUUUGCUUGGUGAACACGUUUGAAUCAUCUACUUGUGCUUUCGCUAAAUCUCACUUUGACUCUGGGGAAUGUUUGUAAGAUUCAUUCACUUGACGUCAGUGACUGAACAUCUCUGUUAAACACAAUUUAUGCCUGCUAGACAAAAAAAAAAAAGAGGUUUUGAUGUUCAGUGUAUUACUUCACACAUACCAAUUUGUCAAUCUUAACAUUUUUUCACAAACUUCUGAAAACUUGACCCGACCCAGACUUUUCUUUGAGUUCUCUCCCAGAGGUGAUUAAAAAGUGAAAAUUGGCAGACAGUUUUUGCAAAGUUGGAAUUAACAUCAUGUGAACCACUUAAAAAAAACACUAACCAGCUCCUUCAGUGACCUUGCUUUUUUCGGCAGUCUUCUGUCUGUAUGAAGAAUGACCACAGACAUGAGUUUUGUAACAGUAGCCAUUGCUACAGUUUAAACUUCAAUCAUUUCUCUUGACACUGUGGUAGCUCCUGAAGUUCUUGGUCCAGAGAAGUACGACAAAUCCUGUGACAUGUGGUCUAUGGGUGUCAUUAUGUACAUCCUGUAAGUCAAACAAUGUGCUUUGAGUCUCUCUUACUGUUGUCUCUAAACACGUGAUCUGUUUUAUCAUCGCGCAUUUCUUGUGUCUUAAACGUAGACUUUGUGGAUAUCCUCCCUUUUUUUCAAACCAUGGUCUGGCCAUAUCUCCAGGAAUGAAAAGACGGAUCCGAAAUGGUCAGUUUAAGUUCCCAGAUCCAGAGUGGGCUGAUGUUUCUGAGGAAGGUGAGACAGACAUUGAAACAGGCGGCGGAUGACUUAUUAAAAGACACACUUCAAUUCUUUUGCCAUUUUUGUUUUUGAUCUAGAUUACAAAGAUGGUAAUAAUUAUUCCUUUUUUUCUAGCAAAACAGCUGAUCUGCCAAUUAUUAGAAACUAAGCCCACACAGAGAAUGAGCGUCACUGAGUUCAAAAAUCACCCCUGGAUUAAUGUAAGAAUCUGCUUUUGGAUUUAAUCUGAUUAAUAAUUUUAAAAGAUGAGAUUUAGUAAACACUGAUCACUGUUUUCUCACUGUCAUCACAGUCAGUGGAAAUCCCACGGACACCUCUUCACACCAGCCGCAUGCUCCAUGAGGAACAAGAUGUCUGGGAGCAGGUGAAGGUAAGUGAUAAGGGUCUUUUUUAUAUAUGUUUCAUGCUUUACCGCACAGUGGAGUUCAUUCAGUCUUGUAUUAACUGUGAAACAUGUCAAACUGCUUGUAUCUUGGGUGUAUUUGUUUCAAAGGGUCACUGUUUCCUUUACUCAGGCUGAAAUGACAAGCGCUCUGCAAACAAUGAGAGUGGACUACGAUCAAAUCAAAAUCAAAACUAUUGAGGAGUCGACUAAUCCUCUACUCCUGAAGAGAAGAAAGAAAGCCAAAAACGCAGCUACACAACCUCCAGGCUAG